UCUUUUGGGGACAAAACUUGAGCUUAAUUUUGAUUGAACUUGUUUCAGAAUUAAGUAAAAAAUAAGUUGGGUUGAUAUUUACCAAUCUAUUUAAUAUUAAGAUGAGUUAACAAUGAUGAGUCGAAUUAGAUCGAGUUACAAAUCAAUGGAUCACCUUGGGUCGAUAUACAAAUUACCAAUAAUAACAACGUACUAAAAAGCAAAUAUGGAGUAGCUUAAUGGAUAUUGCCUUAAAACUGGCCUUUGUAGAACUAAACACAGUACAGAGUACAUCCCUUUUUCUUUUUCUUUUUCUUUCUUUUUAUUUUUAUUUUUUAUAUUAUUUUUAUUGUUUUUAAUAUUUGGUCUUCUAGCCGAUGACGUGGAUCGUAGCUCUUUCUUUUCUUUUCUUUUCUUUUUUUCUUUUUAAAUAUCAUCCUAAACAUGGAAGGUGAUAAUCCAUCCGUCCAAAAAAACUUAAAAUAAUCCCAAGCCGUCGGAUUGACUUGACCGUUACACGCUCCUACACCUUUAAAAAUUUCAAACAGCCGCCCGUUGUCACUGUAAUUCCAUUACAAUAAUAUUUCUCAAACGUCCACAAUCAUCAAACCAAAAACCCAAAACUAGAACCCUAAUUUCAGAAUCAGUAAAACUUGUUAGACCAAGUUCUUCAAAUUUUUCAAGGAUGAAAUCUGAUCGGAAACCACCGCUUGCAAGAUCUCCGAUGACGCUUCGCGGCCGUCGUCCUCUUCAACCACCCAAUUCCAAUAUCAUCGCCAACACCCCUCUUCGAACACCAGCUAUGAUGAACAAAUCCCAGAUGAAAGGAUCAGAAAAUAUGCCAGAAAACAACACAGUUUCUUGUGAAUUGAGGGCAUUAGCAAAGAUGGUUCAAGACGAGCUCAGCGCAAUCAACACGAAAAAUACUGAAUUUGGCAGUCAUUCAUCAAUUGGAGGUACUAAUCAGUUUGAGAGGGGUCGAUUUUACAAUGCUUAUUCAGAGAGAAGGAAUGAAAGGCUAAGGAAGAAACAGAGUGAAACAGAUGAUGAGCCUAAACCUGCUUAUAAUUUGGGUGUUAAACUUGAUUCUACUACUAAGAAGAAGGAUACUAGGAAGAAGGCUGACAGUCUUAAAAAGACGAUGAUGGCGGCGGCUACUUACUCUUCUGUGGAUCGUAGCGAGCACCCAAGGUAUGCUUUGAGGAGCACCGCCAAGAAGCCUCCACUUCCGGUGGCACCGAUGAAUGUCGAUGAGACGGCGAGGAAGGCUCCUAGUACAAGAACUAGGAGGAAGUAAGGGGAAAGGAAUAUAGAUUUUAGACAAAAUUGAGGAAAGAUUUAUUGAUAUGUAACAUUUCAUUUCUAUGGGUGGUAGAAUUGCUAUGUCAAAGUUGCUGAUGGAUGAGCUUUACUCAUGGAACAUUAUAAUGGUAGAUGUUUUGCUUGUAUGUUGUAGUCCAUCUAUGGUGGACAUCAUAAAAUUUUUAUCAAGUCUUGGAACAAUUAAUUCGGUGAUUUUCAAA